AUGGGUCGACCAUCGUUGGAUACCGGGGGUGAAAUUGCCGUCAUCGAUUUAGUCGCACACUUGUAUUCCACCAAAGGGUUGAGAAGAGACUUGUGUGCGAUUUGGGACAGAUAUAGCGCAGCGACCACGGAAGAACGAAAACAGAAAGGUUUUGAGAUUGUGAGAAACUAUCACUCGCAACUGACGAGAAUGUUUCGCGACGAUCCCGACGGAGAGUGCUUAGAUAUCGACGACUUGCGUUCAGUGUGGGAAGAGUUUGUGGAUGCUUUACGAGAUGCAACAGGCGCAUCAGAAGCAUACUCCGAUAACGAAAAGUAUACUUCAAACUCAUAUCAAAGCUUAGAGAAGCCGGUGAUGAAGAGAAACGAAUCGUUCCAUAAAUUAGCGCAAGAUUUGAACGAGUUGGUCUUGCAGAAAUCGCCAGGGAGUUCGAGAGGCGGAUCGACCCACGGCAUACAACGAAUUUCUUCUAAAGGAAUGCUUUUAGGCAUAGGGUGCUCCUCUAGAGAACCGAGUUUGCGAGGAGGUAACGAGUGGGCGAAAAUGAAGAGCGAAAUGAGUCCGGAAGCGUUGGCGAAAAAAUUGGAGAGGACUGCGGGAGACAAGUAA